UUUGAUUAUUUCUUCCCUCUGCCCACCCAGCUUCCCCGCCAUGGGCUCGCCCACUUUCCCGCCAAGCCCCCCAUCGCCGUCGGCUUCUUUCUACGACUUGAGUGACGACGAGGAAGGGGAGUACAAUACGAUCCGCCACACGGCCAGCGGACGAGGCGUGAAGCUGUUGUAUACUAAGAGCAAGGUCUACGUGCAUCCCACGCCCUCCGCAAAGGACAACAUCCCCGGGUUUGUUGCUCUGGUGCAGCAAAAAGCCCCUCCCACGUUAAACGAUGCCCGUCCCACCUCGUCUUCCUCUGCAAAAAGCGUCCACUCCUCGUCGUUGCUUCUUGCCUGGGUUCCCGAAUCUUCUUUGGGCGACGCAUACGACACCUAUGUCAAGGUCGACCUGUCCGACUCCUCUUCCCCCCCAAAGCAGUCUUACCUCGUUCCCCCGCCACCCACAACUACGACACAUAGCAGUGCAAUCGGGACAUAUGCAUUCGCUGUCCCCGUCAGUGAGAUUUAUUCCCUAUUAGUCCGGCCACCUAGUAUAGGAUGGUGGUUUGGCAGUGUGGUGGUCAAUACCCGGGCAGGGGAUAGUUUCCCGGCCUUGUUCUUUCACGAUAGUGAGUGCCAGUCUACCAUUCUGCAGCGGAAGAAACUGGCCAGAGAAAGCUUCGACCCGUUUGGCGAUGGCGGUGGCAUGUUUUGGGGUGGAGACGAAGUGUUGCGAUGGCUGAAGAGAUAUGUCACCGUCGAGCGCUCCGGGGCCGACACGAGCAUCUACUUAAUCGACCCCUCUGAAGAGGACAAGCGAUCGUUUGGUCGGAAUGCUCCCGCCUCGAAAUCGCCAAGAACAAGUGCCGAUGGUGGCCGCCCGGGAGAAGCUUCCUCUUCCCAGGCCCCUGCCAAAAGAGAUGGUGGAAUGGACCCGGUUACCAAAGCAUUGAAGGAGGCGAGAUGGAACUUCUUGGAGAAGCUCAGCCAAGUCACUACAUUCACUCGAAGGACGGCCCAGGCUGUCGCCGACAACCCGAAAAUUCCACCCCAGGUCCGACGGUUGAUGAAGAACCCAGAAGUGCAGGUGUUGCAAGAGGAGUUCGACAGCGCUAGGAUAUAUCUGGCAAGAUGGGCCAUGGGCAUUGCCGAGCAGAGCGAACGGGAGCGCAACCAGAGGAUAUGGACUGCCAAGGAUGUGCUUGCAAUGGAGCACAGCGAUGUUGGCGAGUUCGAGAUCCUAGAUAUGGAAGUAGCUAAGAUGUCUAUGAGUGAUCGGAGAAAGCCUGUUACGCUGAAGGAGUGGAGAGGAUUCUUCGAUAGGACGGGUAGGUUGCAUAUCACACCGGACGAGGUUAAAGAAAGGAUAUUCCAUGGCGGACUACACCCUGACGACGGCGUACGAAAGGAGGCUUGGAUGUUCCUUCUCGGCGUCUAUGAAUGGGAUAGUUCAGAAGACGAACGCCAUGCAUACAUGAACAGCCGGCGCGAUGAGUACAUCCGACUCAAAGGAGCCUGGUGGGAGAGGAUGCUGGAAGGCCAUCAAACGCUUGAACAAGAAGAAUGGUGGAAGGAGCAGAAGAACAGAAUAGAGAAGGAUGUGCACCGAACUGACCGCACCAUUCCCAUUUUCAUGGGUGAAGAUACGCCCCACCCAGACCCCGAUUCCCCGUUUGCCGGCGUUGGAACCAAUGUCCAUCUCGAACAGAUGAAGGAUAUGCUUCUGACCUACAAUGAGUACAACAAGGAUCUUGGUUACGUACAGGGCAUGAGCGAUCUCUUAGCCCCUAUUUAUGCUGUCAUGCAAGACGAUGCAGCAGCCUUCUGGGGAUUUGUUGGCUUUAUGGACCGUAUGGAGCGGAACUUUCUUCGCGAUCAAUCUGGCAUGCGGGAGCAACUUCUCACUCUCGAUCAUCUCGUUCAGCUUAUGGACCCAAAACUCUACGUCCACUUGCAGUCGGCUGACUCCACCAACUUCUUUUUCUUUUUCCGUAUGCUCCUGGUUUGGUACAAACGAGAGUUCCAAUGGGUUGAUAUCCUGAGACUUUGGGAGUCUCUGUGGACCGACUUCCUUAGCAGCAACUUCCACAUCUUCCUUGCACUCGCUAUCUUGGAGAAGCAUCGGGAUGUGAUUAUGGAUCACCUGAAGCAUUUUGAUGAGGUGCUGAAGUACGUGAAUGAGCUCUCAGGAACGAUUGACCUCCACGAUAUUAUUAUUCGUGCCGAGUCAUUAUUCCGGCGCUUCCAGAAGACUGUAGAGAUGAUCGAUAAGAAUGAUAACUUCCCAGCUGCUCCCCAAGCUAGACAGCGCAAAUCGCUAACGUCACCUCCGACAUCACCGCUACCUUCCUCAUCUAGGCUGGAAGGCGCUGCUUCCGGCAUAGAUAAAGGUAAACAAGUCGAAGGAGAGCAAGAGACAAGGGUAAUUAGCCCGGAGCUGAGAUCAUUGCUCAGUAGGAAGGUCAAGAAGCUCGAGAAAGAGGAGGUGGUCAAGCACGGCGGUGGGGUUGGUACGUGAGCACUUGGAAUAGCGUAGGUCAGUGUUAUGGACGUUAUGUAUAUUUAAUUGUGUUUCUCGUUGUUUCAACCCUAUUACUCUUGAUUGGAGAAAAUGGCUUAGGUAUAUCUCUGCUUCAAUUUGGUCGCCAUAGAAAACACAGCGACACGUGUACGUUUGUAAUGGGGAUUAUGUGAAGAGGAGAGAGUGAAUACCUCCCUUGAGUUUGUCUUCUGCAUGGCUUGG